AAACUAGAUGAUGAGCCACCUAAAGCUAAAGCUUGGAAGGAUGUGAAAGUACAGCCCAAUGAAUCAGUAAUGUUGAAUGGUUCAGCAAGUUCUGAUGACAACGGGAUUGUGAAUUAUGAAUGGACUCUUCUUUCUGGUGAUUCCUCAGUGGUAAUGGAGAAACAGAAAGAUUUUAUGAUGCUUUCAAAUCUGAAUGAAGGGAUUUACAUAUUCCAGUUCACUGUAACAGAUACUGUGGAUCAGCAGGACUCAAUCAACAUCACUGUCACUGUACUUAAUUCUGAUCAGACUGCGGAGCAUUGCUUGGCUCCUUUUAAAGUGGGACGGUGUCGAGGUUUCUUCCGUCGCUGGUACUACAAUCCGGCAGUUGAGCAGUGUCAACGGUUCAUCUUUGGUGGCUGCAACUCCAACAAGAACAAUUAUGUUGGAAAAGAGGAAUGUGAUCUUGCCUGCAAGAAUGUUCAGGGUGCUGUUGAAAAACGCCAAGAACCAGUGUGCAAUGGAAAUUGCCUACCCUUCUAUUUCAAAUGUGACGAUGGCUGCUGCAUUGAUAGUGUUCAAGAAUGUGAUGAAACUCCAGAUUGCCUAGAUGGGUCAGAUGAGAAACAUUGUGAUUCAUAUAUUCAAGGAUUCAAUAAAUUACAGAAGAUCAAUAUUACUGCCAGAAGUUACUGUGUAGAUAUGCCAGACACGGGGCCAUGUGAAGAAAGUAUACCUCGCUGGUACUACAACCCUUUGACUGAGAAGUGUGGCCGCUUCACCUACGGAGGCUGUGAAGGCAACAAAAAUAAUUUUGAGAGGGAAGAAACAUGUAUGAAAUUAUGUGAAGGUGUCACAAGAGAAGAUAUGAUUGGUGAGAGAUGGAGAGGAUACGAAUAUCAGCAAGCCAGUUUAAGUGCUUUUGAAAUAGCCAUUGCUGUGCUCCUUGGUGUCUGCAUCAUGAUAGUAUUGGCUAUCCUUGGCUACUUCUUCCUAAAGAAUAGGAAAAAGUAUCGACGACGUCGCCAGCCAGCUACUGCAGCUAAUUCCACUCUCUCUUCAGUCCUGUCUACUGCUGAAGACACGGAACAUCUGGUGUACAACAGCACCACAAAGCCCAUCUGAUUUUGUAGAGUUAUCCUCCAUUUCUGGGAAGGACAGUCUUAUUAACUGUUGAUGAUGCUUGUUUGGGCUGGGGGGCGGUGAGGGGAAUCUGUUGAAGGAUUUGUCCUUCCUACUUUCCAUGUUUCCUUAGACUAUCCAAUAGCUGCUUACAAGCUCUACCUGUCCUGAACCUGUGACAGUUUCUAAGGACAAGGAGUGACCAGAAGAUUAGCCCCCUCUCCCUUUCCCUUUUUGACAAUACACUGACAGCUUUUUGAGUUCAUGCUUCCCUGAGUUCUGUAAUGAAGGUUAUUUUAAGUUUAAGGACUUGCUAUACCUGUUGAAGGAACCAUGGCUUAAUCUGGUGAAUGGAAUCCUUCUUCCUACAAACCCACUGAAGUCUACAUUUCUCUGUGUGUUUGUGCGUGCGUGCGCAUUUGUGUGUGUGUGUGUGUGAGAGAGAGAGAGAGAGAGAAAGAACAUUUCUUACUCCUUCCCUAUUUCUUUCUGUUUAAAACCUAUGCUGCCUUAAAGCCACCCUCCCUGUGUUUUAACUGAUACAAAAAGUGAUGCAAAGUCAGGGUCACGCAACAUGCAGUUUUUAAACUGAUAGCACACAGAAUUUGAUGGACUACUUAAGUAAAACUGCUGUUCUUUUCACAAAUCUGUUAAUCUCUGUGUUGAAGCCUUUGCUCAUCAGUGUAUCCUAAAUACCUAGAUUACCACUACAUGGAAAACAGACAACAUUGUGAUUUGAUCUGAAUGCAUAUAAGAGGAAAUAGGAGUUAGGUCAUGACUGAAAAUCUAGCUCUGCCUUUCUUCUCUUCUGGAUUUCCCCUCCAUUCCUACCUUCAAGGUUGUCAUUUCUAGUUUAAUGUUACAUUACUGUUUGAGUGCUUCAUCCAUAUGUAUUUAUUUUUAGAAUCAAAAUGUGACAGAAAAGAGGAUGCUCCUCAUUUUCUAAUUUGUCGCCAACUACGCAAUCUUGUUAAGUAGUUAAAUACUGUCCUCACAAAGGGGGGAGUUUCAAAAUUAGCUUUUCAGAGCUAAUUUUCACAAGAAUUUUGGACAAAAGGAGAGUCAUGAAGACUGUCAGAUUCUGCUUCUUGGACAGCCAUGGUUAAAUAUAGAGAAAGUAGCAGGUGUUGACCCCAGACUUUAUAGAGAUAGAAUACAAGUUUGUCCCAGUUUCACCAUAAAUAUGCUAUAUGGAGUAUAUAAGUUGAUGCCUGUGAUGUUUUCAUUUCCCUUCCUGUUUGUUCAGUGUAAGAUAUUUUUAUCCCUUUCCUCUUCCCAUUUUGACCUACACCCCAGUUUGGAAUUUGAUGCCUUACAUUUUUUUGCAUCUGAUAAUUUACAUUUAUGCCUGUGCACUAGUUCAUUUUGUGGAUAGAGAUGCCUGGAACAAAUUCUCCAUCCGUUUUCAAAAAUGUCCUCAACCAAUAGGGGAGCAGGCUAUACCUCCUGAUUUCUGCUCAUUUGAGGAAGGGUGCCUUGAAGAGAACUCCUGAACAGUGUAAGUCUGUGUGUGCCUAUGUGUGGAAGGAAGGCAAUUUUGAAAAGGGGUUGUGCUGUCAUGGAUUGCUUCGGGGUCACUGUGUAGAUCACUCCCAUCAUCUGGAGAGUUUUCAUGUGAGACUGUCAGACAUUUCUGAGGGCACUGAAUCUUCCCAAGAGCUCAGGGCGUUCCACAGUGGGAGGAGGUAUUUCUCAUUGGUGGAAUAUAUGAGUAGAUUGACCCAUAGUUGGCUUGUAGUUAAUUGCCCAGUCCUUGCUUGACUCUCUUGAGAAUCAAAUAGCAAAGCUAAAUAUUGCUUUUAAAUCUGAAUCUUGCUUUAGAAAUUGAAUCAUCUUCCUCUCUGUCUGUAUGGCACAGAAAGUUAGCCUGUGAAGUCAGUGAAUAUACUCAUAUCCACUCUGUAUGAAGUUGUAUAUAACUUUGGAAAUACUCUAUGAUAUGAAGUUAAAGUAAAGAGGAGAUAAUUAUUUUGUUUAUUCCUUUUUUGGUAGAUGUUAUGAGAUUUUGUUUUAUUGAUGUAUAUAAGGAUUCUUUGCUUGGAUAUAAACCUCUGCUGGCUAAGCUGAAGAGGUUUCAGCAAAAUGAACAGGAGAAGUUAUUAGUUAGGGAAUUACCUGAAGGGAAGACAGCUUUUUAUUCCCUCAAGGGACAGACCUCGAGUAUGGAACUGGCUGAGCUUCUGUGGGAAGUGGCAGAAUGAGGUGGGGAAGGAAAUGACAAACCUGGUCAUUGUGCCUUAAAGGGAGGAGACGAGAUUAUUCAUUGUCCUUUUUGGUUGGCCUGGUUAUUCCACAAUACAGCUGUCAACCUCACCUUUUCCCCCUCUUUCUGUAAAACUUCACUGCUUUCUGAGCCUUUAAAUUCUGGAUUUCCUCUCUGACAGUGAAAUUUUUAAUAAAAUAUUUUCUUUGUAA